AAAGAAGAAAAACUUCUUUCAUCAAUGGAUAUUAAUACUUAAAUUUAAUUGUUGAACAAAUGUAAAAUAAAUGUAUAAAAUAUUUUGAGUGACAUUAUUCUUAAAAUUGAACAUCUCAUCAUUAUAUGAAGCAAUUUCCUGAUUUUUCGGAUACAUCUUCUGUAAUUACACAAAAAGAAAAAGAUUCUAAUACUACAAUAAUAAAAAAAUUAAAAAAUAAUUUGACAUUGAUAAAAGAUUCUCUUGUUGUAAGAGAUGUUGAUGAUAUAUUAGUAGAAUGGAUGGAUCGACCACCAAUACUUCCAGAAAAUUGUGAUGUUGUAAUAAUUGGAGGUGGAGUAAUAGGCAGUUCUAUAGCUUAUUGGUUGAAACAACGAAUUUAUACAAGUGAUUUUAAAGUUGUAGUUGUAGAAAAAGAUCCUAUGUAUACCACAGCAUCAACAGUUCUUUCUGCUGGAGGUUUACGUCAACAAUUUUCUUUGAAAGAAAAUAUUGAAAUGUCUCUUUUUGGUGCAGAAUUUAUACGCAAUGUUAAUGAAUACUUAGGCAUUGAUGGAGAACCUAAAAUUAAUACAUAUUUUCAUCCACAUGGAUAUUUAAUAUUAGCAUCUGAAAAAGGAGCUCAAACAUUGAUAAAAAAUUCUAAAUUACAAAAUUUUCUUGGAGCAAAAAAUAUCUUAUUAUCAUCUGCCAAAUUAAAAGAUAUAUUUCCUUGGUUAAAUAUAGAAGAUGUUGAAUUAGGUUGUUUAGGAUUAGAAAAAGAAGGAUGGUUUGAUCCAUGGGCUCUUCUUUCUGCUUUUAAAAAAAAAGCAUUAUUAUUGGGAGCAAAUUAUAUUUGUGGAGAAGCACAAGGAUUUAUCUAUAAAGAUGACAAAGAUGAAGAAAUAGAUAAAUUAAUUAUAAAAACUAAAGAAGGUGAAAUACAUAAUAUAAAAUUUUCAAUUGCUAUUGUGGCUGCUGGUGCCUUUAGUGGAAAAGUUGCAAAAAUGGCUAAACUUGGUACAGGAAAUGGAUUACUACAAAUAAGUUUACCUGUUGAACCAAGGAAAAGAUAUGUUUAUUGUUUUCACUGUCCUGAUGGACCAGGUUUAAAUACACCAUUAACAAUAGAUUAUUCUGGAACAUAUUUCAGAAGAGAAGGUCUAGCAGGUAGUUUCAUUUGUGGAAGAUCUCCAGAGGAAUCUGAAGAACCUACUAUUGAAGAUUUAAGUGUUGACUAUGAUUAUUUUGAUGAAAAAGUCUGGCCUAUACUUGCACAAAGAGUUCCAGUUUUUGAAAAAUUAAAGUUAAAAUCUUCUUGGGCAGGUUAUUAUGAAUACAAUACAUUUGAUCAAAAUGGAAUAAUUGGAAGACAUCCAUUUUAUCAAAAUUUACUUUUUGCGACUGGAUUUAGUGGACAUGGAAUUCAACAAGCACCUGCUGUAGGUAGAGCAGUUUCAGAAUUAAUUAUUGAUGGUGAAUACACAACAAUUGAUUUAUCAAAUCUUAGCUUUGAUAGAAUUAUUAAAUGUACACCCACAUAUGAAGCAAAUAUUAUUUGAAAUAUGCUUUUAAUUUUAGAAAAUUAAUUAUAUAAUAAUAAUUCUAAAUAUAAACAAUA